AUGUCUGAGAAGCUUCCCUUCAAAGUCGGUCAGUAUGAAUUUACAUUAUUUAUAUUCUUUAUCAUACAGGCGAGCUUCAAGUCUAUUAUGCAUUAACGGGUGGCUAGCCGGCUAGGUUAAUGUCGGGUAGCACAGAUUUUAGCAUGCACAUUUGGCUAGCUUGGCGCUAUUUUAGCUGACUGUUAUAUCAAGUGAUGGCUAGCUAAGUAGUUAUGAUUGGACAUUUGGCUAACCAAACAUUUGCAAAUGUGUACUGGCAUUUAUAAACUUGUAUAAUCCAGUUCGGACUGACUGAACACGGUCCAUUUGCCUGCAGGCUUUUAUUUACUACAAUGCUUUACCCAUGCAUAACCAGUAACAGCAGUUUUGGCAUGCAAUUCACAUAUAUGCUAAGAGUUUUGUUACAUUACAGAAUGAAUCGAGUCGACAUGCAGACAACACUUGCCCACAAACGAGCAUGGUUUCUUUCAGAAGACUUAUCUAUGUUCUUGGUAGUUGUAGUCCAUUUAGUCGAGCCUAGUGCUUUCGUUUGUGUUCUGAGUUUGGUAGUAAAACUACAUUACCUAAGUUUCAGUGCGCGAUGCCGCCAGUUUUCCUUGAUUGACAGGCAGUAUGUCACCCUGGAGUCUGGCACAGGCAAUGAAGGGAAAUAUGAGUGUACGAUCUAUCAAAGACAGUACAGUAUGAAGAUGGGCAGAAAGUGCUUCUCCACUAGAUAACUCUUGUAAGCGACGUUGGCUAGCUAAACUCAUGCGCAGAAACACGUCAGCGGGUCUAAACGCUCGUCUCGCGCCGAACUGCGCAUGUGCAGGCCGUCAAAUCAAAGGCACUGUCAGUCACUUUCAAGAGGUUGGCGUAAUAACAUGUUCAACAACUUAAAGGAAAGGUUCACCCACUUAAAAAAAUUAUGUUGUAUUGUUUUCUUGCAACUGAGCGACGUUCUAUUGAUUCCCUGGAUCAUUUCAUGUGCACUACACUGGAAGUUUAAUAGGAAUAACAUGCUGACUAGAGUGGGCGCAUGUUCAUUUUGUCCAGACGCGAUCAGGACACGCAGGUUGAAAUAUCAAAACGAACUCUGAACCAACUAUAUUAAUUUGGGGACAGGUCGGAAAGCAUUAAACAUUUAUGCUUUUGCUAGCAAAUUUUUCUGGGAUGUAAACAUUGCAUUGUUAUUUUACCAGAAAUGCACAAGGUCCUCUACUCCGACAAUUAUUCCACAGAUAAAAGUGUUAAUGGAGUUUGUUUCUAGUAAUGGCUUCUUCUGCUAAAGACUUUAUAUGGCAGUUGGCAACCAACUUUAAGGUGCAUUACCACCACCAACUGGACUGGCGUGUGGACCUCAGUUCAUCUUUCAAUCACCCACGUGGGUAUAUGACUGGAAGGAAUUGCAAAAAUCUCUGAAGCUGGAGACUCUUAUCUCCCUCACUAACUUUAAGCAUCAGUUGUCAGAGCACCUUACCGAUCACUGCACCUGUACACAGCCCAUCUGAAAUUAGCCCACCCAACUACCUCAUCCCUAUAUUGUUAUUUAUUUUGCUCUUUUGCACCCCAGUAUCUCUAUUUGCACAUAAUCUCUUGCACAUCUAGCAUUCCAGUGUUAAUACUAUUGUAAUUAUUUUGCACUAUAGCCUAUUUAUUGCCUUACCUCCAUAACUUGCUACAAUUGCACACACUGUAUAUAUAUUUUCUGUUGUGUUUUUUUACUUUUUUUUUUACCCCAUAUGUAACUCUGUGUUUUUUUUUUUUUAUUGCACUGCUUUGCUUUAUCUUGGCCAGGUCACAGUUGUAAAUGAGAACUUGUUCUCAACUGGCUUACCUGGUUAAAUAAAGGUGAAAUAAAAAAAUUAAAUAAAAAUAUAUGUUCCUAAAAACCAAUGAGGAGAUGGGAGAGGCGGGACUUGUAGCGCUUCAAGCGUCACAAAUGGAACCAAGAUCUAUUUUAGCGCCUGGCCACGCAGACGCUUGUUGACACGUGGGUGCAAUGAUUGAAUGAUGUGUACAUUUAUUUUGCAACGCUUGCGCACGCGACGCGAGCGAUGUGGUCAGCAUGUAAGACUUUUAGAUUGGGAAAACAUCAUACAUGUCAGAUUUCAAUACUGGCUGACGUCAUAACUCGGGAGGAUGUCUUCUCUCAAAUGAGCCAUUGGUCAAAUUUUUGCGAUAUUCCUACCUCUAGACAUUUUUUUUAUUUAGGUGGGUCUAGAACAUUUUUCCUAUUUGUCUACCUCUUUAGUCCAAAGUUCAUUGCGUGGUGUUGUUGCCAUAGAUAUUAUAGAAAGGAGUUGGAAUCCAAUGAAUGAAUGGACGUAUAACACCCCACUCAGCAGACUGUCGACCAAUCGUGUUCACGUUAUCAUGCUGUGUCACGCGGUUGCUAAGCUAAUCGUCACGCAAUACCUUUUCAAAGUCAGUGUAUGUCGAGAAACGUGCCUAUUUUCCUCAAGUACGUAAUGUCACGAUUACAAAGUUAAUUAUCUCAGAAAAUAUUUGAAAUGUUGUACUUCUUGUUGAUGAAAUUCAUGCUAAUGUUGGGUUUUUGAGCUAGCGCUCAAUAUUUAACACUGUAAAUUAAAGGAAUUAGUGGUUUUGGGUGGAUUUUUCCUUUAAGACAUUGGCUCGAAUCUAGGUUGUGCCUUUUUAGAUGUACAGACAAUUAAGGAAUUUUUCACUUCGUGUUCAAGAGGAUCAAAACCGCAAUGUGUCAUGGUAACUUGACUGACUGAUCUACAAAUAAUGAGUCUUUAUUUAUGAUGCAAGGUGAUUUGUUGAUCAGUCAGUCUGCAGUCGCCUGCAGUUGUUUUGAUGCUCUCGAACAUGGCCAUUAGUGCUUUUUGAGGUCUGUUGGAUAAAAAAAAUGUAUCACCGUUUUCUAUUUAUUUUUUACUUUAAAUGCAUUAUGUGGGUUGAAUGCUGUAACAACACAGAAUACAACAAUGAAUAAAAGUCCCAUGAUGGUAAUGACUGCAUCACUUAUUAACCAUCAUUUUUAUUCACAUUACUUUAAAAUAUUUCAGUUGUCUAAAUUAAUUUGUUUAAUUUGCUGACUAUUUUAUUCCAAGUAAUCUCAUCUCUAGAGCUGCUGCCUAUGCUGUCUGACAAAAUCAUCAUCAUUUUAGUAGCUCUUCAAAGUAAAUAUGGCCUACUUUUUUACCAGCUUUUUGUUGGGGGGGGGGGGGGGGGGGUUUACAGGUAUAUGUAUCCAUUUAAAUGUUUAAGUUUAUAAAACAUGUACCCGUAGGCUGCCACAAAGAAAAACAGUAAGAAAUGCAUAGUUUUAAAUAAUAAACAAAGUGGGUCUCCACCCAACCCCACCCAGCCAACAUGUCUCCAUCCAAUCGCUGUCAAUUCUAAUGUUAUAACUCCUAAUAGUAGCUGUAUCCACUGGCGAAUUGGGAUAGAGUGAGGUGAUUGCCAUCUAAGAGCCAACAUUAGCCAGCAGUAAUAAUCUCAGAUUUAAUGAGCUAUCAUCGUUAAGUGAUGCAAAUCAUUGAAUAUUUACUUUCAUGCACUUUGCCCCAGAAGCAUUUAACUGCAGUUGGGAGUUGGGGCCAAUUUCAUCGUAAAAUGUUUCCUAGGUGUUAAGUAGUCUGAACAAACGUAUAAGAUUAUGAUCACUUUAUUGGUCAAUUGCACACAAGGUUCAAGUGAAAUUUUACUUUCGCUUUUAACCCAACCUGUGUUUUUUUUUUUUUUUUUUUUUUUUUUUUUCUCAUGUUAACCCAACCCCUCGGAAAAGAUGCAUAUACAGAUUUUGGAGAGGUGUGGGGUGCUGCCACACUGGGCGCCCAGGGAGCUGUUGUGGGGGGUUAAGUCCCUUGCUCAAGGGCACAACUGCAGGAAAUGGCAUCUAGGAUUUGAUACCAGCAACCCUCCGUAAAAGGCACACUUUGAGUUUGCCAAAAGGCACCUAAAGGACUGACCAUGAGAAACAAUAUUCUCUGGUCUGAUGACACCAAGAUUAAACUCUUUGGCCUGAAUGCCAAGCGUCACCUCAGCGGAAACCUGACACCAUCCCUACUGUGAAGUGUGGUGGUUGCAGCAUCAUGCUGUGGGAAUUUUCUUUAAGCGGCAGGGACUAGGAGACUAGUCGGGAUCGCAGGAAAGAUGAACGGAGCAAAGUACAGAGAUCCUUGAUGAAAACCUGCUCCAGAGUGCUCAGGACCUCAGACUGGGGCGAAGGUUCACCCUCCAACAGGACAACGACCCUAAGCACACAGCCAAGACAAUUCAGGAGUGGCUUCGGGACAAGUCCUUGAGUGGCCCAGACUUGAACCCGAUCAAACAUCUCUGGAGAGACCUGAAAAUAGCUGUGCCGCGACGCUCCCCGUCCAACCCUACCAAGCUUGAGAGGACCUGCAGAGAAGAAGGGGAGAAACUCUCCAAAUACAGGUGUGCCAAGCUUGUAGCGUCAUACUCAAGGCUGUAAUUGCUGCCAAAGUACUGAGUAAACAGUCUGAAUAUUUAUGUUAAUGUGAUAUCACAGUAUUUUUUUAUAAAUGUGCAAAAAUGUCAACCUGUUUUUGCUUUGUCAUUAUGGGGUAUUGUGUGUAGAUUGAUAAAUAAACUCAGCAAAAAAAGAAACGUCCCUUUUUCAGGACCCUGUCUUUCAAAGAUAAUUCGUGAAAAUCCGAAUUACUUCACAGAUCUUCAUUGUAAAAGGUUUCCAUGCUUGUUCAAUGAACCAUAAACAAUUAAUGAACAUGCACCUGUGGAACGGCCGUUAAGACACUAACAGCUUACAGACGGUAGGCAAUUAAGGUCACAGUUAUGAAAACUUAGGACACUAAAGAGGCCUUUCUACUGACUCUGAUAAACACCAAAAGAAAGAUGCCCAGGGUCCCUGCUCAUCUGCGGGAACGUGCCUUAGGCAUGCUGCAAGGAGGCAUGAGGACUGCAGAUGUGGCCAGGGCAAUAAAUUGCAAUGUCCGUACUGUGAGACGCCUAAGACAGCGCUACAGGACGGACAGCUGAUCGUCCUCACAGUGGCAGACAACGUGUAACAACACCUGCACAGUACACCCAAACAGCACACCUGCGGGACAGGUACAGGAUGGCAACAACAGCCCGAGUUACACCAGGAACGCACAAUCCCUCCAUCAGUGCUCAGACUGUCCGCAAUAGGCUGAGAGAGACUGGACUGAGGGCUUGUAGGCCUGUUGUAAGGCAGGUCCUCACCAGACAUCACCGGCAACAACUUUGCCUAUGGGCACAAACCCACCGUCGCUGGACCAGACAGGACUGGCAAAAAGUGCUCUUCACUGACGAGUCGCGGUUUUGUCUCACCAGGGGUGAUGGUCGGAUUCGCGUUUAUCGUCGACGGAAUGAGCGUUACACAGAGGCCUGUACUCUGGAGCGGGAUCGAUUUAGAGGUGGAGGAUCUGUCAUGGUCUGGGGCGGCGUGUCACACAUCAUCGGACUGAGCUUGUUGUCUUUGCAGGCAAUCCAGGAAUGUCAAUGUUCUGUUCACGAUCCCAUUGAGCGCGUCUGGGACCUGUUGGAUCGGAGGGUGAAGGCUAGAAAUGUCAGGGAACUUGCAGGUGCCUUGGUGGAAGAGUGGGGUAACAUCUCACAGCAAGAACUGGCAAAUCUGGUGCAGUCCAUGAGAUGCACUGCAGUACUUAAUGCAGCUGGUGGCCACACCAGAUACUGACUGUUACCCCCCCCCCCCCCCCCCCUUGUUCAGGGACACAUUAUUCCAUUUCUGUUAGUCACAUGUCUGUGGAACUUGUUCAGUUUGUCUGUUGAAUCUUAUGUUCAUACAAAUAUUUCCACACGUUAAGUUUGCUGAAAAUAAACGCAGUUGACAGUGAGAGGACGUUUACUUAUUCCAUUUAGUUUGCCACUUUAAGACACUGACAGAUUAAAACGCAUGCUAUCAGUAAAGUCACUUGAUUUUUGGUCUCAGACCAUUACAUUUUUGUUUUUGUCAUUUUUACAUUUACAUAAUCCAUGUUCUGGGGGCAGGGACUAAAAUGACUACAGAUCAUUACUAACAUCCACUACUGUUGUGCCCUUGAGCAAUACACUUAACUCCUAAACUGCUCCAGGGGUGCUCUACUGCGGCUGACCCUAUGCUGCUUCCACCAUGUUGUGUGUUUGAUCCUGGGGGUGUUGGAAUAACAUGCAGCAAAUUCGGAUUUGGAAGCCAUCUAUAAUUAACAGACAUAAUGACAUUUUCUGCCUGGGUUAAUCCCUGAUCAAAAUCCAAACGGCUGUGCUGAUCCACCGUGGGCUCUGCCGCCUCAGCCGUACUGGCAAUCUAUCAUCAAUACCUCCAGUGUUUUAUGGAGUUUCUCGUGAUCUCUGCAAAACCACUCAUGAUCAUGCGAUGAAUAAGUGUGGUCUCGACAUAACGAAGGAAUUUCAUUUAAAAUUUAUUUUUCUUAUGUCCUCUCUGGACUUCUGUAGAUUGUGCGUGGUGCACUAAAUCCGUACUAUGUGCUUUGACGGUUUAACUGGGAAUUGGGCACAAGUUUAGUGAUUUGAAAAUUACCAUUUGUUUUGAAAGUUCCUAUUCCUGAAGUGAAAAAUCCCCACUUGUUUGAAAGGGUUCCAUGAAGCGACUCAAGUGAAACUAUGUAACCUGUGUUUGUAGACACUUUUCUACCAGAUGGGUAUUACUUGGUUACAUAUAACUCUCCCAUCUGCAUCUUCUCGGUCCUCACUUGUCACCCCGGCACAGGUGUUUUUAGGAAUAGAGGACUAGUUACUCAAUGGCUUGAUAGUAGUGCAUGCUUUAGACUUUGUCCCACAACCUUCUGGGUCAGAGGUGUCCAAACAAAUACUUGAAGCGUUGUAUCGUUCACUCAAUAUUCUGGGUGAACUAUUUGUUAAUGCCACAUUUUGUUUUAAGUUAUUCCAAGGUGUCCUCUCUUAUUUGGAGCAGGCUGUUUUGCCUCGGUCUUGAAAAGUUUUGCAGUGUCUGCAGUCUAUUUGACCCCGUGAAUCACUGGUAUGUAGGACUGCUCCAGUUCAGUGUGGCUGGGUUUGCAGUUUGCACACAUUCUCACUAGCUGCAUCUGACUGGAGCAAAGGAGUAGGGUUCAGUUAUGAGACCUCUGAAGAGUGUGGCAUUGGAUUGCAGCUGUUACGAACCAGUAGUCAGUGGAAGCUGCAACUGUGAUAUUGACUCCGGCGAGUUAAGCCAGUGCAAGGCAGCUGCCAAUGUCUCACAGCCAGCCCGCCCUCUCCAAACCCACAAUCCCAAUUGAUCAUGAGAUGACCACUCACAAUAAAAGUGCUGGAUAAAUGACAAAUUCUUUCAAAUCAAUGGCCAUGAGAAGGAAAUGAUCAUGGACAGUUUGGACUAACUUGGACUUAAAAUGAUAGUUCACUCCAAAAUAACGUCAAAUCUCAAAUGAAUGAGAAAUGGACUUUGUCUUAUUUGAUCAUUUUAGACAGUGCAUGUCUUCCCGUUUCAUUCAUAUAAAGUAGCAGUUUGCAUAAUAACAUCCUUUUGUUUUCCUCCCUAGCUGACAUCAGCCUGGCGGAGUGGGGCCGCAAGGCUAUCGACAUUGCUGAGAACGAAAUGCCCGGCCUGAUGAAGAUGAGGGAGAUGUACGGCCAGUCCAAGCCACUGAAGGGUGCCCGCAUUGCAGGCUGCCUCCACAUGACCCUGCAGACCGCUGUGCUCAUCGAGACCCUCACCGUCCUCGGCGCUGAGGUGAGACCCUCUCCCACCUUAAAGGAAAAAUCCACCCAAAACCACUCAUUCCUUUUAAUAUAGUGUUAAAUAACACUGUGAGAACAAUAUUUUUUUGUGAACAAAUGUUUAAUUUUCGCGUUGUAGUAAGGUUGGUAGCAACAUGGAAAAUCGUUGUGGAAAUCUGCAGCGCAAGUCGACUACAAAAUCCACAAUGCAAUGCACUCUAUGGGCUGGCUGGCUAGCAAAUGUAGCUACACACAAUAAUACCAAAGACCAAAUCAGCAUGUAACGUAGCUAGUUAGCGCAGUUUAGGCGAUUUACAGCUAUCAAUUUAGGAGUCUACAAUCUCUCCACAUUCAACCUGCAGAUCGAUACGCCUCAAAGAGUGGCGUCUAACAUUAGCAACGGCAGAUAUACUUUUGAGGAGAUAGGGGAAACGUUGCCCAUGCUAUGGCAAUGGGCCGCGCGGUGCAUUCUGGGUGAUUCUGGGACAAGGAGCGAAUGGGAGUCGAUUGAGCACUAACUCAAAAACCCAACAUUCGCACGAAUUACGUCAACAAGAAGUAGAACAUUGCAAAUCUUUUCAUAUAUCAUAUAGCUUUGUAAUUGUGACAUUAUGUACUUUUUAAGGAAAAUAGGCAAGUUUCUCGACAUCUACACUGACCUUGAAGGGAUUGCGUGAUGAUUAGCUUAGCAACCGCAUGACAAUUUGAACGCGAUUGGUCGACAGUCUGCUGGGUGGGGUGUUAUACGUCCCUUCAUUCAUUGGAUUCCUAUCUCCUUUCUGUAAUAUCUAUGGCAACGGCACCAUGCAAUGAACUCUGGACUAAAGAGGUAGACAAAUAGGAAAAAUGUGCUAGACCCUCUGUUAAAUUACAAAUUUCUCGAAGUAGGAAUAUCGCAAAAAUAUGAUCAAUGGCUCAUUUGAGAGAAGACCUCCUGAGGUAUGACAUCGGCCAGUAUUGAAAUCUGACAUGUAUGAUAUACGUUUUCGCAAUCUAAAAGUUCCUAUUCCAAUUAACUUCCAGUGUAGUGAGCGACUUUAUCACGGUGCUAUGUCAUACCGGCCAUAUUUCUGCCUGCUUGAAUGCCAAUAACUCAGAUCUACAUGAAAUGACCCAGGGAAUUGCUAGAACAUGCACAAAAACAAUAUAACAUUCAAAAUGGGUGAACCUUUCCUUUUUAAUGGAUGACUUUCUUCUCCCAUACAAAGUCCUCCAUUUAACGUUUGACAAGGUAAGUUCCUUGACAAUGGUUGUGUGUAUAGUGUCACUUUUGUACUUGAAAUGCUAACAUCCUGGUCUGUUGACCUCGGUUGCACGAUCUGACAAAGGACAGUUGACUAUUUCAUAUGAAAGUGGAACUUUGAGCAAGCAGUGUGCCGGAAUGUCUCAUCUUGUAUCCGGUCAGGACUCUGGUGGGUCAUGACUAGUUCCUCCUGAGGUUCUGAGUUCUGUCUCAAACAGAUUAUUAGCGUGGGUCAUUAUUAAAUUGGAAUGCAGGUUUCAUCAAUAUGCAACUAAAUUGGAGAACCACUGCAAGAAGGCCAAUGAAAACAAAUGUAUUUGAAUGCGACUCAAUGGCAAAGAAACAAGGCUACAUUUUACCAAAAGUAAGCUGAGGCAUCCAUGGGAAUGGGGAAGUCCAUGAGUGUUUCGGUUGACAGACUCAAAUAAAUGUAAGGGUCACUGUUUUUUAUAUCUUUUUUUGUGUGCACUUUUUACCCCUUUUUUCUCCCCAAUUUCGUGAUAUCCAAUUGGUAGUUAGUCUUGUCCCAUCGCUGCAACUCCCGUACGGACUCGGGAGAGGCGACGGUCGAGAGCCAUGCAUCCUCCGAAACACGACCCCGCCAAGACUCACUGCUUCUUGACACACUGCUCGCUUAACCCGAACGCCAGCUUGCACCAAUGUGUCGGAGGAAAUGCCGUUCAGCUGGCGACCGAAGUCGGCGCGCAUUCGCCCGACCCGCCACAAGGAGUCGCUAGAACGCGAUGGGACAAGGACAUCCCAGCCGGCCAAACCCUCCCCUAACCCGGACGAUGCUGGGACAAUUGUCCACCGCCUCGUGUGUUGCGGCCGGCUGCGACAUAGCCCGGGUCUGUAGUGCCUUAGACCACUGCCCAUUCGGGAGGCCGUAAGGGUCACUGCUGAUUUAGCCCCUGUGGUAGCCACCCACCAUGACACUUUCAAUUUAAUUUGGUCCGCUCAAAGUCCAACUCGUUCGCUUAAGCAGAUGCUCAUUUGACCUCGAUAAAUGUGAAUUUGAGGUAACUCUGGUUCCAGUGGUUAGGGCUUGAUGCUGAACAUUCAAUAAUUAUGUGUUUCAAGCCAGUUGUUAUUGAUACAACUGUCUGCAGUGUCGUUGACUCUCAUGCAUGAACAUUUCAAGGCCUAAAUAUACACUGAAAUCCAGCCUGUGGUAAGGGCAAGGAUAGAACCUCCAUUGGAAGAAUGCAAAGACCCAUGACCAACCUCUAGUCCACUUUGCAUUCAUCCUGGUAUUUUCCCUGGACACAUGGAAUUUCCCUCCUCCCCCAUUCACUGCCCCAAGGUUAUCCUCGAUUUAUCAAAGCUAAGUAUGCAAACUUAUUGGACCGCUCUGGGCUGGUUAUUUUAGUCAAAGCAGUGUCCUGAGAAUUACGAAAGGACUUGGUGUGGGACUGAUUUUGAGAAUGUCCUUGUCAACCAGUGUCCAUUUCUCCUGUCUCGUAGGUCCAAUGGUCCAGCUGCAACAUCUUCUCCACCCAGGACCACGCCGCUUCAGCCAUUGCCAAGACCGGUGUUCCAGGUAAAUGCACAAUUGUUGGUUUGAAAACCACUCCGGACCUACUAUGUGGCUAGCACUAGUUCCGGCCUGCUCUCAAUGGACUCGUAGCGUGAUUUGUCAAUUAUAGAACUCCCAUUCAGUAAACCAGAACAUGUUUACCCAAGCGGGGAGUGUUGCACUUUCCAAUUCCUUUUAAUUUGGGAGUAGGCCUAUAUUCCUUGCAAAACAUCAUCCUAUGACAUCUCUAAGAAGCAUCCCUGCUUAGCGCAACAUUACCCCUGCAGUAGUGUUUCAAUCAGUGAAAUACUAGAGGAUAUUUGCUGAGUAACUAUUUAGCCAUAAACUUGCCAAACGGAUUUUCCACACGUAGUGAUGUAAUACUUGGGGGUGGUGUCCUGAGGGAGAAGUUACGAAGCCAGAGAAGUAGCAGCGUCUUCAUCAGUGGGGUGCUUAUUUGGCUUAUAGCAGAGUUUCAGCCUCUCUCUGUUUUUAACAUUUACAUUUUAUUCAUUUAGCAGACGCUCUUAUCCAGAGCGACUUACAGGAGCAAUUAGGGUUAAGUGCCUUGCUCAAGGGCACAUUGACAGAUUUUUUUCACCUAGUCGGCUCGGGGAUUAGAACCAGCGACCUUUCGGUUACUGGCACAACGCUCUUACCCACUAAGCUACCUGCCGCCCCAAGGCUUGAAUGUCAUGUUGAUUCCUGAGUAGCACUGCUCCACGUGUUAAUCUGCACAGUGUGACUGCUGAGCCAAAUAGCCUGAAACGUGGCCAAUAUGUGUAAAACGAGUGUUUGGAAAGCUCUUCACACUUCAGUUAUCAACGACAGUAGUUGGAUUUUAAGGGAUUUGAUCAUAGGCCAAGAAUGUAUAACUUGCUUCACUAAAGAGAACUUGACCUUGUUUCAACUCAAGACAUGUCUAUCCAUCUAUAUUGGUAUUUAAUGGAUGGCUUGUUGAUGGAUUCUGCAAUAUUUGUCCAGAAAAUAAAUGUAGUGUUGGUAGGACAGGAGCCAGACUAGUGGACCUUUUUGUCACACAUUAUAUAACUCUGUCAUUCAUUGCUGAAUCAGUAGGGAUGGUGAAGUAAAGCAGAUGCUGUAAUAAGUCAACCCAUCCUGUCCUGUCUCCCUGUGCACCCUAAAGCUACAUUAAGCCCUCACCAGGCCAGAUGUCCUCUGAUCCAUUUAUUUCCUAUGCCUCAGAACAAAGCCAGUUGGGUUGAACCGCUCUCUCAUUGUGAAUCAGCAGAUCUCUUAUCGAAGUCCAUCAUUCUUACCCCAAGGCACCUUCUCUUAUCUGAAGGCAGUUUUGGCCAUUGAGACUUGCCAUCCUAAUAUUACAUUUAAUACCAAUUUAACUCCAGUUUGGCAGUUAGUGCCAGUAGCUUGUUUAACAGAUGACAUUUGUAAUGAUUUUGCCCUUCUCAGCCAUCAACAAUCCUAAAUUUUAUUGUACUAGGCCCAGUUUCCCAAAAGCAUUAGAACCUUCGUAGGAGCAUUGUUAAAUCUGUUUCCCAAAACAAUCAUUACUAAAGUUUCUCUUGAAAAUGCUUGUUAUUUACUGACUGCCUCAGACAACUCGUAGAACAGUUAAGUGGGUCGCCGGAUGCUUUUUUUUUUUGUUGCCCUUCUGUGUCACUUUAUACACAGAUCUCUGCUAAACACAGAUUCAAGAUGUUUGUCUCUCUGUGACUGCCGACAAUUUCAGAACACAGUUGACUACAUACAAGCGAAGGAUAAAAAUAGGAUUCAAAUGAAAAUAUAAAUGCAGUAUAGGCUACACAGGCCUAUAUAUUUAAAUCAUAUUGAAAUCAAUUUCAUGUUCAUUCAAUUGAGUUCUAUUUUACAAAUUGUAGGCUACUGUCUAAUCUUGAUUUUAGUGUAUUAUUGGGUAGGCAUACACAUUAGAAUAAGCUGCCUCAAUAUUUUCAGCCAUAGGUGAUAUCUCUGCGCUGAUCCCUCGUCAGUAUUUUUGGAAUAAUUAUAAUAUUAAGGUAUGAUUUUUAAUGGAGAAAGCUGAUGCGAGAGCAGUGCCGCCUUUCAUUCGAUCCUAUUAGUUUUGACACGUGCCUCGACAACGCACUUAGCGAACGUUCUCUCUGCGUGGUGUUCUGGGAAACCCAUGUUACAUCUUCUGCAUUUUUUUAGGAAAGAUGCAUCCUUAACACUCGCUAGUUUAAGUUCCAACGCUAUCGGGAAACCAGGCCCUGGUGUAUUAUAGGCCUAAUGCCUGGGUUGCGUACAAUUUGGUAUAGUAAUGUUUUAAAAAUAGAAUAUAAAUGAACGUUCCAAUUAGUAGUGCCUGCUUCGUUUUUAAAACAUUUUUCUCCUGCGUCAUCCCUACUGAACGCAACCCGUAGCUCUGAUGCCAUUGCAAAGCGCUCCUCAUCAUCAACCCUGAUUCUCAUAUCUCUCUCUCGUUGCAGUCUACGCCUGGAAGGGUAUGACUGACGAGGAGUACGUGUGGUGCAUCGAGCAGACCAUCUACUGGAAGGACGGCCAGCCCCUCAACAUGAUCCUGGACGACGGCGGCGACCUCACCAACAUGGUCCACAAGAAGUACCCCACAUUGCUCUCAGGUACGGGACCUAGCUAGCUCUGACUGAUAACUCUCAGGGCCUCGGAGGCCUCUCCGAUACUGCAGCUUAAUUAAAGAAGCAGGGCACCAUAUUUCUGCAAUCAUUUGAAAGGCUAGGGAGGAAAGUGGUAUACACCUGUCCCAAUUCGCUGCCUCCCCCUUGGCCCUAACUGGAUCCGAAGGGUACUGUAGUGAAAGACAGUGUAGUGGUGGCGCUCCCAUUUUUGCUUUCAUCUUACAGAAAUGUAAACCUGAGGUUUGAUAUUUAGCAAAUUGCCCCUGCAUUGGACUUGUCACAGUUGUCUGUCAUAAUCAUUUACCUUAUUCGGUCAAGGAUUUGUUGGUCAGCCUUUGUUUGCCUUUUGUUAAGCUGUGUAGCAAAUUAUUAAGUUUGAUUUUUAGGGUGUGUUGUAUCCUGUAAGCGCUUUUAAAGGAAUGACUUCCAUCCAGAGCAAAGCAUUAAAGGGGAAGUUCAGUAUUUAACAACUUGAUGUUUGUAAGAAACUGUAAUCCAUAGUUUGUUUUCUUUAAACAGCAAAGACACACUUUAGCCAACAAUCGAAUGAAGUGAGUGAUGGGAGUAACCAUGUAAUGUAAAAAGUGGUUUACUUUAUGCCCCAAUGUGAAACACUAGGCAUAUUUGUAAUAGGCUCGACCGUUCCAGACUAGUCCUGUACACUAGUAUUUUCAGCUCUAAUUUAGUGUGUGUCAGCUAUGGAAAUACGCCUCCCCCAAAUUGCAAGGGUGAUACUGCUAUGAUUGUCAGCGGGACUGCAGUUCUCAGUCUUGUACACUAGGUGGCGGCAUUACUCCAGGGCCACCCCAGCUUCGUCAUACUCCAGAGCCAAUACUGAGAACUUCGGAGGAACUGAAGGUGCUUGGCAAGCAACAUGCUGCAGGAACUCUUAACAGUGAACAUUAACUUCAAACACAGUCCCUUGGGAAUGAUGUUCCUAUGGAGGGAAGACUUGACUGCUGUUUGAAAUGUUAACCUGCCAUUCAGACUAGUUUUUUGAGAAGAAAUCAGGCUAAGGCCCUGAUCAUUAUGUUGGCGCCGCCUACCAGAUGGGGAUGCCAUAAAAAAUAAAGUGCUUAUUAAAGAUAGUUUUGAUUUAUCUUUGACAAUGUUUAAUUUUGUCUCCCUUAGGUAUCAAGGGUGUGUCUGAGGAGACCACCACCGGGGUGCACAACCUGUACAAGAUGAUGAAGAACGGUGAGCUCAAGGUCACAGCCAUCAAUGUCAACGACUCAGUCACCAAGGUAGACCCCCCUCAUCCUCCCUUAGUAGGGCCAUGCAUGCCUCAUCAGUUCUUAAAGUGCCAUAAAAUAAUGGUACUGGAUGUCAUCACCCUCCUAAGUAAGCAGCUGUAUUGGGUUCCAAUACAUUGACUCCCUCUCUAUAUAUCAUUUCUCGCGCUCCCCCUCCAGAGCAAGUUUGACAACCUGUACGGCUGCAGAGAGUCUCUGAUUGACGGGAUCAAGCGGGCCACAGACGUGAUGAUCGCCGGAAAGGUGGCGGUUGUUGCCGGCUACGGUGACGUUGGCAAGGGCUGCGUCCAGGCCCUCCGUGGGUUCGGUGCCCGCGUCAUCGUCACCGAAGUGGACCCCAUCAACGCCCUGCAGGCCGCCAUGGAGGGUCUGGGCUGUUUUAGUUUGAUUAUGUUAUUGUUCAGAUUUAAUUUACAUUCUCCUAAAAUAUUAUUGGAGAUUGGUUAUAGGUAUGCAUUCAGUUAUCUUGGGUGCCUAGCAAAUAUAUGAUUGGAAGAACUUGUUUUAAGGGCCACUUAUAGCUGCCGUACAUACUAUGCAAACAAUUUCUGUUUGACCCCAUGUCAUUUGUUCACUGCAGCAGAGGUUUCAAGCUCAAAUGUAGAAGUAAUGUAAUUGAUUACUAGUCCUACUUUGUUUUUGUGUAGUAUUUAAUUGUCUUUUGUGAUUAUGUUGUAGGAUAUGAAGUCACCACCAUGGAGGAGGCUUGCAAGGAGGGGAACAUCUUUGUGACCACCACUGGCUGUGAGGACAUCAUUUUGGGCAAGUAGGUAUCAUUUUGGAGUCCGGUAGAGCACCAUGCAACCCAUGUUAAACACUGUCUGAUCAGAAGUACACGCAGUCAAGUAGGGCUGACACCGUUUAGUCGAUAGGCUGUUGGUCGAGCAGUCGCAAAUAGAUUAUUUUUGUUCAUGGCACACAAGACACCUGUCUGAUUUGCGCCGGUCUCUGGACUAAGCCAUUGGAGGCCGCAGGGAUGACACGGUCCAAGAAGGGGAGUGUGGCUAAGAUGCACAAGGCACGUCUCUCUCCAGAAUGCGCGCUCUCCCGCCAUUUCGUCCCAUUCAUUAUUUCAUAACAUUGUGUGAAUUGUUUGCCCUUUGAUUGUUAUUGUCUAUCAAUUCCCCAUUACAUAGAUCACCAGUAGUACAUUUACCGUUAAUUCCCAUAAUUGUUCAUCUACAAUGGUUGUUUGGUUACGGUUAAUGCAUUCAGUAUAUUAUUAGUAGUUUACUGUUGUCAUUGUUGGAGUGGACACGUUGUUUGCAGAUCUCACAACCUAUGCUACACUUGUGAGAAACACGUUUUGGUUCAUUUCAUUCCAUAGGAGUUUUCUCAAUUUAUUCAUUGUAUUUAGUUUGAAGCGCUCCUGUCAAUGUUGAGUAAGGAUGCGCACCUGAUUACGCAUAAUGAAAUAGGCCUUUGCUACCUGGCCUGUGUUGCAAAUGUAGGCCUGUACAUUUGGGAUGUCUGUCUUAACUCUCAACCGCUGUGGAGCUUCUUAAAGGAAUUUUUUCUUCUUCACUGUUCUAUAAAAAUGUGCAUCUGAAAAUCAUAACUGGCACGCAGAUUGGUAGAAAUGGUAAGCUAAAUUGUCACUCCAUAUGGAGAAGUUUGCCAGCCUAUUACUGCCAACUUCAGGAGCGUGACGGCAUAAUCUGCGAAGGCCAGGAGGAGGUGAGGGUUAGGGAACAGGUUUUUUUCAUGUAUUUUGAUCUCGUGUCAUUCGUGUGUCUUAAUUAUUUAAUCAAACUGUGUGCUUAAAGCAUCAGGCAAGCGCUGUAGCCUGCAUAUAGUUGAUUUUAUUCAAACACAUGGGGUGUGUCUUUAUUAUAUAUGGAAAAAUACACGUUUUAAAAUUUAAACCAAUCGAUUGGUCGAAAUAAGACUACUCUCGGUCUACCAAAUGUUUUAUUUUUUUGGUCAGGGACUGCCUUAGUCAGGCAUUAUUAUUAUUAUUAUUAUUAUUAUUAUUAAGUGAUCCAAUGCAACACAGGCAAAAAACAUUCAGAAGUUUCUUCUACAUAUGUAGGAUCUUAAUUUGAGCCAGUUUGUAACUGCAGGAAAAUAAUACUGCAGCAACAGGAAAUGUGGAUUAUAAUUAAUGGAUUUUUAUUUUUGUAUGGGUUGGUACAAUCUUCGUUAAGGCAAAUCAAGUAUGAAACGUUAAAGUGGAAAUUACAAACUUUAGAAGGUUCUUUUUUUUCUUUUACCUUGAAUACACUACAAGUUUGCAUUUCCUGUAGUGCAGGAAAAUUCUUGGCAACAAAAGUGCUCAAAUUAAGAUCUUACAUCUGUAGUUACAGAUCUAGGAUCGGCUUAUUCUCGCCCAACCCUAACCAUUAGUGGAGGAAACUUCAAGCUGACCUUAAAUCCGUGUCCAGGGUUUAUGUCAGCCUUCUCUGGGAAAUGCAACUCCAGCCGUGUCUACAACCAGCCAUUAAUGUAUACACUGUUCUCCCCAGACACUUUGAGCAAAUGAAAGACGACUCCAUCGUUUGCAACAUCGGCCACUUCGACUGUGAGAUCGACAUGAGCUGGCUCAAUGCCAACUCAGCCGAGAAGAUCAACAUCAAGCCACAGGUAGGACUAAUCCCAUACACACUAGAUGUGAUAUGUACGUUAUGUUGUCUACAGUAAUUUAGUUCUCCAGUUUUGUCCUAAACUCAACCGUUCUCCUCCUGCCAGGUGGACCGCUACCGCAUGAAGAGCGGCCGCCACAUCAUCGUCCUGGCCGAGGGCAGACUGGUCAACCUGGGCUGCGCCAUGGGCCACCCCAGCUUCGUCAUGAGCAACUCUUUCACCAACCAAGUGCUGGCCCAGAUUGAGCUGUGGAAGAACACCAGCAAGUACCCCCUGGGAGUCCACUUCCUGCCAAAAAAGGUGAGCCAUUUUUAACAGAAGCGACGUAAAUGCACUUGUAUUUUCUUCAUUCGAUUGACACGUGUAUUCUGUAGUUGAGUGUCUUAUUGUAAUAGUUUUUCACAACCUGGAAAAGGUUUUUAAAAAGGGUUCUAGGUUUUCUUUGCCUGCAACUCUACAGGUUAAUAGGAAAGAAAUGUCAUGUCACUGUAUCCUAAGUUGACCCCACUAACUCCUGGUCGAAGUAAGUGGUUCCGGGUACUGUGUGAAAUGCCAAGUGGACACAGUUCUCAGAAUUGGACAUGCGUUUGUAGUAUGUUAUCAAAUAUGCUCCUUUAACAUUACAGCAUAGCCUGUUUGCAGAACAGUGUAAUGUGUAUUUUUUUUUUUGGUCUCUGCUUGAGUUGAGGAUAUUCUUAAUGCAUGACUAUUGGCAAUCCUACCAUCUGAUGGGGUCUUAGCAAUUUAACUAUCAAACUGGUUGUCAUUUUUAAGGCGGUAUGAAAAGUUGGCCAUUGUUUUCACUUAGUUUUUUGGGCGUCGUUUUUGAUGUGGAUGAAGUCCUACGAUCAUGUCUUGUGACUAUUUAAAGAAAUGGAAACUAGGCUUAAUGGGCAUAAUGGCUUUAUGAUUAACCCUGUAAUAGGUAGCUGAAAUGAGGCCCUUUGUACUUGGAGCAGAAAUUGAGCAUUGCACAGUCAUUUUAAAUUGCGUGACACAUGGGUUCUGGUGAACAUCUGAAGGCCUUUAACUGAAGCCAUAUACUCAGAGCUGAGCGCAAGAGAUAUGCUUGUGGGAAGUUGGGAACAAAGCCAGGGAUGGUUCGAGGUCAAUCUAUUGCCGUAAGAGAAUGUGGUUUUAUUUAUUUUGUUGAAGAGUACAUGGUCUGUCAAACAGAGAAGAACCACCCCUGUGAUAUCCCUCCCGAAUUGCGCAGAGGUCUAAGGCACUGCAUCUCAGUGCUUGAGGCGUCACUACAGACCCCGUGGUUCGAUUCCAGGCUGUAUCACAACCGGCCGUGAUUGGGAGUCCCAUGGCCCAGUGUAGGCCGUCAUUGUAAAUAAGAAUUUGUUCUUAACUGACUUGCCUAGUUAAAUAAAGGUAAAAUUAAAAAAAAUUAACAUUUUCCUGCUCAACCUAAUGUUCAGCCUUGUUUUGACAGCUCCUUUGUGGAUUAUGUCUGCUCUUGAGACUGGCAUUGAGACCAGUUUUGACAUUUUUCAUAUGAUUUUGACCAACCUGCUUGGGCGCAACAAAGCAUGUUUUUGUUUUGUGGGGUAAAUGUGAUUUGAGUGAUUGAACCCGUUACUAAUCAAAGUGUUUUGUCCUAGUGUUAUUCUGAAUUUGACUUAAAAAAAAAACAUUUUUCUCUUGUCUGCAGCUGGAUGAGGAAGUGGCUGCCGCCCAUCUCGACAAGCUCGGCGUCAAGCUGACUAAGCUGUCAGAUAAGCAGGCUAAAUACCUGGGACUUAACCGCGAAGGACCCUUCAAGCCUGACCACUACCGCUAUUGA